ACCCAGACCGUACUGCGCGGAGACUUGUACAGUGUGUUCUAAAUGCACCUGUAACGGGGUGCAGUAGUUCUUGAAAGUUUUGGAUGGAGUUUUGACUGAGCUUGAAUUUGGAGAUGGAUGCAAGCAACUUUUGGAGGAAUAAAACCCACAAUUAUUGCGAAAUUUAGGAUUUGGACAAUUGGAGGAUGCCAAGGAGGAAGUGAUGAUUGUUUUACUCAUCGAAACUGGAGGAAUUAAGAAGAAAUGGGGUGUGGGAGCGGCAAGUUAGCUCCCGACUCGCCGAUUAUCGACAAACAUGUAGACUGGGUCAAAACUGUGGAGACGGGUGGUGUACCUUCCUAUGCGGGGAAUAACUCUGCCAAUAAAGUAAAUCAGUACAAUCGCGUCAAUAAUGGCGAAAAUAGAGGCCAGACAAGGCGAGCCAAGUGGAAGGUCAAAUUUGACCCAAGAGUCAAUGCAAAGUAUGAUAUCAAAGCCCUCAUUGGGACAGGGACGUACAGUCGCGUUGUUAGGGUUGAACAUCGCUCAACAAGACAGCCUUAUGCAAUCAAAAUGGUGGAGAAGAAGCGAGAUGGCAAACAGUUCUGGGAGGUGGAAUUGACAAUCUUACGAAGGGUAAGGCAUUUUAAUAUUAUUCAACUCUUGGAGGUUUACGAUGGUAAAGACAGGAUAUACAUGAUCAUGGAACUGGCUACCGGUGGGGAGUUAUUCGAUAGAAUAGUAACGAGAGGAAACUUCACGGAGCGAGAUGCUACUCGAGUUCUUCACAUGGUCCUGGAUGCAAUGCGAUAUUUGCAUGGACUUGGUAUAACACACCGGGACCUGAAACCAGAGAACCUCCUUUACUAUCAUCCGGGUAAUGAGUCCAAGAUCAUGAUCACCGACUUUGGACUUGCAAGUUUCAGGAAGAACGCAGAAGGACCAGAGAACAAUAUGAUGAGAACAAUUUGUGGGACACCGGAGUAUAUCUCACCAGAGAUCUUACUUCGUAAACCAUACACUCAAUCAGUGGACUUAUGGGCAAUAGGUGUGGUGGCCUACAUCCUUCUCAGCGGAAGGAUGCCAUUCGAUGAUGACAAUAGGACAAGGUUAUAUCGGAAGAUACUGCGGGCCAAAUACUCAUUUACUGGAGAUCCAUGGAAGGAUGUCUCACCGGCUGGUAAGGAUUUCAUCGACAAACUUCUUGUGAUCAAUCCAUCAGAGAGAAUGACUGCAUCCCAAGCUAUGAAGCAUCCUUGGAUCAUUACCAUGGCAGCACAAUCCAGUCUCAAGAACCUCCAACGAUCCAUCAGCCAAAAUUGGUUGAAGCACACCUCAACCAGGAGCCGUUCAGCUCGUUCUACCCGCUCCAAUCAUUCCAACAAGUCAUCCAAAUCCCUUCGGUCAAACCGUGGCCAGAGGGUCAAAGCCAAAGAUCUUGACAAGCUGGCUAAAGAGAUCAAGAAGGAAACGAAGACAUCGGAUGUGAAGUCUGGAAGGACUUCAAGCCUACCUGACAAGACAACCAAGGCUCUAAGUCUUCAACCUCUACCAGAUAUCAGUCAUCAUCCAACAACAUCACGGGAUGACCCUUCAUCAUCAAGGAACAAUCUGCCACCUUUGAAGAAUGACCAAUCAUCCUCCAGGAAUGGCCUUUCAAAGGAAGACCUGUCUUUGUCCAGGAAUGACCAAUCAUCAAGGAAUGACAAGACUGUUCUAUCAUCUAAGGGUGACCAUGGUUCAAGAGAUGGCCAGGUUAUCAUAUCCUCAAGGACUGAACGUUCAUUACAGAAUAGCAAGACUGUCGCGUCAUCAAAGGUUGACCAGACUGUUGUGACUUUGAGGAAUGGUCAACCCAGCUUGAUGCCAACUGAGGAUGAUCCACUGUCCAAAGUUAGCAGUGACCACCACCUGACCAGACCAAGUGUGCUUCCUCCACUUAACUCACAGAAAACCUCAUCUUCAUCAUUAUCAAGAUGAACCCUUAUGGCAUAAAACUUGACUCAUUAUAUGAACCUGAUGAUCUACCAGACAGGCAAGUCAUAUGUGUUUAUCUCGGUUUGCUCCGGAGACAAUUGCUCUACUCUAAAUUCCACACACUAAUCGAUUGACCAACUUCAACCCGAACACUAUACCUUACCCUAAACCUAAUAUAACACCCUCUUGCAACCCUAACCCAUAUUCGAUGAAAUUGAGCCCAGAGCUAUUGUCACAGGAGCAAAUGUCAUGCCAUCGUUUAUCUCAUCUGAAGGGCAAGCAAGAUGAACACAUACUUUUGAUCCAAACUGCUUGUGAUCCAGUUUCAAAAGAAGUGGCAAUCAUGUAUUAAAGAUGUACAAUCAAGCACUUUGUCCCAUUAGAUAUGAUUGGCCACUUGUCUUAUGCCCAUUUGGUCUUAUCUUAUGUCUUAUGCCCAUCUGGUUUAAUCUCACUUUGCCUUGUGCCUAUUUGGUCUAAUCAUACUAUGUCUAAUAUCCACUUAGUCUUAGAACUCUACCUUCCAACAACUGGUUUGUCUAGUAACUAUUCAAUGCAGUGGUGGUGUCACAGGGGGAUAGGGACACCCCCCCCCACUCCUCCCCCAUAUGCUUUUCAAGUAGUGGAAAAAAUAAAGGAAAAGGAAGUAGAAAUGUAUGAUAGAUGUGGGCCUGUAACUCUGUCAUACCCCCAUGAUUAGCCCAUUUCCUCCUGGAACCAGGUGGUCCUUGUACAAAGGCUAUGUGAAUCACACAAUUCAGUAGUCAAUGGGUGAGAUUGAGAAUAAAAUGAUGUUGCCUUGACGUCAUCUUGCCCCCCCCCCCUCCCAUCAAACUAUCCUGGCGCCGCCUCAGAUCUGAUGUACAUUGUAAUUGCAAGUUAGUUACCAUUCAAUUACUUUCAAGUUGACUAUUUCCCCGGUACCCAAAUGGUCUAAAACCAGUCUGUCAGUCUGAUUAGUCAAAAUGGUAAAAAUGAAAUUUGACAAAAGAUGUUAUGGGAAAUUAUCUUCUAAGAUGAAGUACAUUAGCAAAUGGAUCAAUUAAUUUCUAAAUGAAAUGACAAUCAUAGAUUUCAAUCCCAUCAUCAAAAAUUAAGUUUUGUGUUACAGGACCCUGAUCCCUGAACAUCCCAAGGAUCAACUCUUGGUCCAGUACCACUAAACUAACAGUGAUAACUUUGUCAUCAAUAGUAGCUACCAUGGUAACAGGGCUAAACAGCCAAUAAAAAGAAGUAUACGUAGGUUUCUGUGAUAGUUACUAGUGAAUGGAAGAGUUAAUAUAAUCCUAUAUUUCAGACAAUAAGGGUCCAGAUAUUUCAUAUCAUUCAUGUAAGUUCUCUGAGAAAUGUACAAGCAUGUACAGAUUGAACAUCACCAUCAUCAUUAUUACCAUCAUCUUCAUCAUCAUCAUCACCACUGCUAUCAUAGAAGUUUAUGUUCCACCCUAUUUCACUCGAGUUAAGUUAGUUGGAAAUUUCAUAUCUGUGUUACAAUUGUCCUCUAUGCUAUCACAUGGUCCUUUUGGGGAAAUGAUACCAAAGGACAUGAAAAUGGAAAUUUAUAUUUAUAGAAUUAUUAUAUUAUUUUUAGCUGAAUGUUUAUGUUUCUGCAACAAAUAAAUACAAUACUGUUAGUUUAGUGGGCUUUAAAAAAAAAUCCUUUACUUUUUAUGUUAAAUAGACAUCUGACUCUAGAUUUAACUUUCACAUUUGAUAAUGAACUCAUAUAUGAAAUAAACAAUGAAUUUAUCAUAGCUAUUGAGCAGAUAAUAUACAUGUCUCCUUGUAUAAUCCACUUUGUUUAUUCUUGACAAUCGAUAGAAUUCCUUUGAUUUAUAUGUGGAUUUGUUUGUGUAUGUUGGCUGUAUGUUUACAUGUAAUGUACAAAUAUAACAGUUGUGAGGGUUAAUGCAGGUACCGGUAGCAUCCUCAGAUACACAUAACUCGGUUUUAAUUUGAAUUCUGAUAUAAAUACAAAAUUAUCUUCAUGAUUUUCCAGCCCUGAAGCAAACUCAAUUUUUUAUGGGCACAAAUUAUAUGCUGUAUACAACUUAUAAGUUAUGCUCCACAUUUCCAGAUCAUGGCACUGGUUAUUUGGGUUAAUACAUGUGUGUGAGUGUGAAAUAUUACAAAUAUGCAUACAAGGAAUAAAGUACCCACUCCUAUACUACAGAAUAGAAUGGAAUGAGGGGGGGGGGGUAGAGUGUGGAAUCCCAUGAUCAGCUAACUUUUAUAGGGUUAAUUUUUUGUAAAGUCUAGCUUUAUUGCAUUUUUGUAAAAUUGCAGAAGUACAUCGAGAAUUUUUUUUUUUUUAUACUUAACAUGCCUGAUGUAAUACAUGUAUCGCAGUGUAUAAUCUAAUUGAAUUAAAUGUCAUAUCAUGAUGGUGGAAUUGUGUUUAAAGUAGAUUGUCUCUUGAUACGAUAUCAUUUAAUUUAGUGGAAGUGAUAGAAACAUUAUGUGAAUGGAAAUGUGCCAAUUUUCUUUUCUUGUUCAAAAUGUAGAAAAGAUAAGCUUUGUGUGUGUGUGUGUACAUAAUACUACAUGUACUUUUCUAUGUUUGUAAUGGUAGUCAUGUUUUGAUAUGCUUAAUAUCUAUUUGUAUUGUAAAAUCUGUAAAUUUAUGGAGUGUUUUCUGCACAAUGGUGCCACUAAGCAGGUAAUUGUGAAUAAUUUUUUGUUAAUUAUAUUUUGGUCACACAGAUGUUUAUUAGUAUUUUGAAACAGCACUCAAUGGUGAAUAAACAAUUUUGUUUUGGGAUGCAUUAGCUAAAGUAGAGUCCAAAUUUUGCCCUACUCACAGGUUAAAGUUUUCCAUUUGAACAAGGUGAAUGUUGUGAAGGAGCCUAUGGGAGAGGGCUGUUCCCCUCCCCCUUCGAUGGACAAAAUAUCUCACGAAAUCACACCUGUGCAUACCCUUUUAAUCAAGUUCUUUGAAUAGAGUUAAGGUAAACAAGCAAUACAACAACAACAAGCAUUAUUUUCAGAAAUUGUACUUGUUAAACCCCUGCAUGGCCUUCUGAGUGGACAUAUGGUUUGUCUCUUCAGUCUAUAUAAUUUAUGUAUUAAUGAUUUAAGCAUAGAAUAUUUAUUAUGUACAAGAAUUUAAUGCUACCAACAAUCUGCAUUUUUUGUUAAUUACUAAAAACAGUUCCAAAGUGUGCUUACACAUAUUUUCAUCAGAAACCAAUUUAUCAGGUUAAUUAUAAUUAUUAUGUUUUUAUGCCAAUUAGUCAAUAAAUUAAAAGUCACGGUAAUAAAAAAAAUGUUAUAUGUUCAGUGUUACGCGUUAAUAGUCUUAUCCCAAGAAAAAAGGUAUUUUACAAUAUUUUGCUUGUGAAUACUAUAGCUGUAGCAGUUUGGUCUAGAAUAAUGAUCACAAUCAUGUGUGCUGAAUAGUAUAUGAUCCUACAGAAGAGUGACAUGUAGAUAUAAACAUUUAUUGCCAAAGAGCUGAAGAGAGAAUAUUAUGUGAUAAAAUUGUCUUGACUGUUUAAUUCGCAGACAUUGUGUAUAGAUUUACCUAUUAAUCAGUAUUACAAUGAUGAUAAUAUUAUGUAUCAAUGUUCAUAAAGAAUGAUUUAUCUUGUUUAUACUAUAUUAUGUAAUUGAUAGAGAUUGAGUUCCAAACACGGAACAUGCAUAUUAUAAUUCAAUAAACAUACAAAUGUUAAUAUGUA